CUUGCUCCAAGAGACGGUACUGCAACGCAUUGUUGAUUUGGUUCAGAAAACAAUUAAACAUGUCGUCUCGCGUGGUCACGAUGUUAGAGCGCUGGAUCGCUUCUUGAAGCACAUCGUGGAGAAGCGUAGCAUUCUCCCUUCAAGCAUCUUUCUGUCGGGUGUUCGCCGCACUGCAGUGAAUUCCGAACGAGGCGGGGGCUUCGCCGAUGUUUACAAGGGCGAAUACGAAGGCAGAGUUGUCGCUUUGAAGGUGUUGCGAAUUUACUCGAUUCAAGACCAAGAAAAGAUGCAACGUGACUUCUGCAAAGAGGCUCUACUCUGGCGGAACCUUGACCAUCCGAAUGUCUUGCCUUUCCUCGGAAUCUGUCGUGACCAGUUUGCGCCCAAGAUGGCUUUGGUAUCACACUGGAUGAAGAACGGAUCUCUUUCCGAAUAUCUUAAAAAGAAUCGGUCUGCAGACUGCCUGAAAUUCGCGAUUGGUGUGGCUCGUGGUCUCGACUAUCUUCAUAACCUGAAGCCAAACAUCGUCCAUGGUGAUCUGCGUGCAGACAACGUUCUCGUUGACGAGAAUGAUGAGCCCAGAAUCACUGACUUCGGACUCGCACGGGCCGUCGAUUCACAGGGCCCCCAGAUCACGUCAUCUUUCAAAGGCAAAGGGGCAACACGCUGGCAAGCACCCGAACUAAUUAUUGCAUCCCAGUUUGGCGAGGACUUAAGCAAGGUAACGACGAAGAGCGACGUCUACGCCUUUUCCUGUGUUUGUUUGGAGAUUUUCUCGGGGAAAGUUCCCUUUGCUGAACUUCGUGACGGUACUGUUAUCCUGGAGGUCGCCGUAAGGAAUAGGAGACCCGCUUGGCCCGGGCCUGCCGCUGCUGCCAAGGGUUUGACUUCGGAUGUAUGGUUCAUUAUGCACCUUUGUUGGAAAACACAGCCUACCGAGAGACCAGAUAUGUCGCUCGUCGCCAAUCAUCUCGAGGGCAUCGAAACGCAGAACAAGUCUCCCACAGGUGACCCAACACAGGCGACUUGAAACUUCUCUUUUUUUUCUUUUUUUGUCUUCGCGUCCUCUUUCGUCGCUCUCAAUCUUACAUUAAGUUGCUUAUCUGAAGCCUUAAUACGAAGUAUACCACUGUUUUCUGCCUGUUUUCGAAUCGAAAAUAUACCUC